UUGUCCUCUUUUUCUUUAUUCGUCUCUUGCAUAGGCUUUAGAUAUUGCAUAAUGUCUGGACGUGGUAAGCAGGGCGGCAAAGCUCGCGCCAAGGCCAAGACCCGCUCUUCGCGGGCCGGUCUCCAGUUCCCCGUGGGCCGAGUGCACCGCCUGCUCCGCAAGGGCAACUACGCCGAGCGGGUCGGGGCCGGCGCGCCGGUGUACCUGGCGGCGGUGCUGGAGUACCUGACGGCCGAGAUCCUGGAGCUGGCGGGCAACGCGGCUCGCGACAACAAGAAGACGCGCAUCAUCCCGCGCCACCUGCAGCUGGCGAUCCGCAACGACGAGGAACUCAACAAGCUGCUGGGUAAAGUCACCAUUGCUCAGGGUGGUGUCCUGCCCAACAUCCAGGCCGUGCUGCUGCCCAAGAAGACCGAGAGCCACCACAAGGCCAAGGGCAAGUAAAUUCUGAAUUCAUACUUUAAACUCUAGGACCAAAGGCUCUUUUCAGAGCCACCCACCGUUUCUGUGGAAGAACUGAGCACUCUUAUGAAACCCACCAGGAA